AUGGAUCCAGACUCCGAUGUUGAUCUUUUAACCGAUCAGAAGAUCCGGCUCUACGUUGGCUGGCAUCUUGCUUCAUUCUCUCAACCAUCAGAUCCUGUAGCACCAACAGCCGAUAUGCCUCGCCAGUGGUUACCAAACGUGGCGCCACUCGACUGUCCAGACCGAAGCCGCAAAGGGGCCAGAUGUGGAGACAUGCCCACUCCAUUGCCUGACCUUCAGUGGGCACCAGUUCUUUUCUGUAUAUACGAAGAUAAUGCGGGUUUCGAACAAUCACCUGAAAGUGUCCGCGUGUGUGUGCACGUUAACAACUGUAUGCAAAACCGGUCAUAA